ACGGUCUUCCUCAUUCAGUUCGUGAUUGAAUCUAGAAUUGAUUUGCGACGGUGAGGAUGAUGAAGUUAGCUAUUUUACUCGCCGUUGGCGUUAUCGCUCAGCAGGCUUACUGCGACGAGCCCGAGCGUAUCAUCGGCGGUGACGUGGCCACGCCCGGUCAGUUCAAAUAUCAAGCAUCUCUUCAGUCUUUCGGCGAACACAUUUGCGGAGGUACCAUUAUUAGCGACAGACACAUUCUUACCGCUGCUCAUUGCGUAGUCGACAGCUUCUACACCGACAACAUGAUUGUCGCAACUGGAAUCACCACAUUAGAAACUAACGGCGAUAAAUACAAGAUCAAGUACAUUGCGAUACAUCCGAACUAUACCGGCGAGAGUGAGAGCGGCUGGAAGGACGAUAUCGCUGUGAUUACGCUGGAACUGCCGAUCAGAAUAAGCGACGUUCAGGGUCCGAUUCCUUUGGCGAGCAAGGAUCAUAUUGACGGCGAUAAGCGCGGUAUCGUGAGCGGAUGGGGAAGAACUAGUAUAGGCGGAACGAGUUCGCCGAUACUCAGAUGGCUGAGCGUAAACGUUCUGAGCCAAGAACGCUGCUUACAUGGCCAUACAAAUCCGCAUACCAAUGAAAAUCAAAUAUGCACGCUGGAGAGAGUUGGGAAAGGUGCUUGCCAAGGUGACAGCGGCGGUCCACUCGUUGUCGACGGUGAAGUGGUCGGUGUCGUUUCCUGGGUCUUGCCUUGCGCGCUCGGAGUAUCUGACGUGUACACCAGCGUCUACAAAUAUCUCGACUUUAUCAAACAAAGUCAAGAAAUCUCUUAUGAUGACAUCGCCCGUGCGUCGAUUUUAGGUUAACGCUCGGGUAGAACAAAAGAGAUAAACACGUUGUGAUUUAAUUUUCUUUCCGAAAAUUAUUAUAAAUACUAAGAGUUUGUGAAAUAAAAGAGAUCUUUUUUGUAUAUUA